AUGUCAUGCUUUUACUGCACUUGAAAUUAUUCAAAAUAGAGACAAUUUGCACACACAGUUUAGUGAAAAGAAAAACCCCGAAUGGGCAGAUUUAGACUUUACCUCAAACUCUCCGACCGAACCACCUCACUGCAAUCAGAUUACUGUCCAUGUCUACCUCACAGUGCAGUGACAGCAGCUCUCAUUGGCCACCUGUUGCCAUGGAGACUCUAAACAACUCUGUGUGUGGUUGCAGCAUGCUGCUCAAAGCCUUUAACACCAGCAUCACAGUCAAAGAUCCCUGUACAUUAGCCUGGAUGGAGGGCUGCCUGACCGUCUUUCAUCUAAAUCCUCCUCCGGGACAGGACUAGCGUUAAAUCCGGAGGACGCAUUGGCCUCAGACACAGUGCCUUCAAACAGACCAGAAGAUCCUGUCCUCAAGCUGCAGGUUUCACUGUGGCGUACAGUCCAUUUGCACUCUCCUCUGCUGUUGAGCAGCAUGACUUGGUUUACAUUUCCUGUUGACAACAUGCUGUGCAGGUGUCUCAGCAUCUCCGUCGCUGUGUGGUUGACAAUUCUGUUUGUCUUCAUAAUUGUGCCUGCUGUACUCGGCGUCUCUCUUGGUGUCCGCAGACUCUACAUGUGGACGCUGCUCAAGAUCUUUGAGUGGGCAACUUCACGAAUGGAGAUUGAAGCAAAGGAAAACAAUCAGCAACUCUAUAAACCAUAUAGCAGUGGAAUCAUAGCCAAAGAACCCCCAUCAUCUCUGCAGCAGGAGAUCCAGGGCCUCCGAGGUUCUGCCAGCUGUCUGCGCUCAGAACCGGAGUUUGAGAUGGCGGACAUAUUUUACUUUUGCCGGAGAGGAGUGGAAAGUAUUGUGGACGAUGAAGUGACCAAGUGCUUUUCAGCCCAGGAACUGGAAAGCUGGAACUUGCUGACUCGAAGCAACUACCACUUCCGUCAUAUAAGUCUGAGACUUACUGUUGUGUGGGGCCUGGGAGUCCUCAUUCGCUAUGGCAUCCUUCUGCCUCUCAGGGUGACUCUGGCUGUGACUGGUAUCAGUCUGCUUCUGGUUGUGACUACUUUGGUGGGCUUUUUGCCAAACAAAGAGUUAAGGUUCUUCCUGAGUGAGAAGGUUCAUCUGAUGUGUUACCGCAUCUGUGUCAGAGCUCUCACAGCAAUCAUCACCUAUCAUAACAGAGAGAACAAACCAAAAAAUGGGGGUAUCUGUGUGGCCAAUCAUACAACGCCUAUUGAUGUCAUCAUCUUGGCUAAUGACGGCUGCUACUCUUUGGUUGGCCAGGCACAUGGAGGGUUGAUGGGAAUGAUUCAGCGCGCCAUGGUCAAAUCCUCUCCUCACAUCUGGUUUGAAAGAUCAGAAGUCAAAGACAGACACCUAGUGGCCAAAAGGCUUGGUGAUCAUGUCGCUGACAAAAACAAACAACCCAUCCUGAUCUUCCCUGAGGGUACUUGCAUCAACAACACAUCAGUGAUGAUGUUCAAAAAAGGCAGCUUUGAAAUUGGCUGCACCGUCUAUCCAGUAGCCAUUAAGGUAGGAACUUCCUCUGUCUUUUUUCUAGUCAUUUUGCUCACACCUACACUGGAUAUAUGUGAUAUGAUUUGUGUUUUCGUCCCGCAGUAUGAUCCUCGGUUUGGAGAUGCUUUCUGGAACAGCAGUGAGUUUGGCAUGGUGAAUUAUCUGCUGAGGAUGAUGAGCAGCUGGGCCAUCGUCUGCAGCGUUUGGUACCUGCCGCCUAUGAACAGAGAGGAAGGGGAGGAUGCGGUGCAGUUUGCCAGCAGAGUAAAAGCAGCCAUAGCUGCACAAGGAGGAUUAGUGGAUCUCAUCUGGGAUGGAGGGCUGAAACGAGCAAAAGUGAAAGAUGCUUUUAAAGAAGAGCAGCAGAAACUUUACAGUAAAGUUCUUGUAGGUGAGCAAGACCUGACAGAUGACAAUCAAUUAGAUGGUGAAAAUCCAGAGGGGGACAAACGCCAUCAAGAUUCAACAAAAGGACAAUGAGGACACAGCGAAUGUAUGACAUCUUAUAUAUACAGUGCAUCCUGAAAGUAUCCGCACCGCUUCGCUUUUUCCACAUUUUGUUAUGUUACAGUCUCAUUCCAAAAUGGAUUAAAUUAAAAUUCUCCCUUAAAAUUCUACACAAAAUACCUCAUAAUGACAAAGUGUU